CGCUUAGCUGAGGUAGAACUAGAAAGUGGAAAGCCCGAGCCACAGUCCAGUCACCACACUAUUCUAGUCUAGUUCGUGGCAGGUUUAGGUUUGUUUCUCUGGAUGGAAGCUCCUCCUUGCCUCGCUGCGCUGCACUUUCCACCUCACUGCUACUUUCCUCCACCACCUUUUUCAUGCUCGCUCACUUUGCUCUCAGCUCCGUAUUCCGCACAACCCGACACAAUUCAAACUGCUCUGCCGAGUCCCGUCUUGCCCGUCUUUUUCGGUUUUGCCCAUCCAUCCGUCUUUCUUUCGCCCUUUCCACCCUUCUCUUCCGGCCCCGGGCAAGCCCUGAACUGGCUCUAGAAAACUUACCUUACCACUGCCCUCUUCUUCCGUUUCUUCAAUACACUACAUACCAAUUUCACCCCUGCCACAUUGUUAGUAUCUGGCUUGGCUUCGGACGGAUCUGACCGUUUCCUUCCUUAUUCCUUCGAUACUUGUGACGACAACCUGGAUUACCUCAUAUCGAUUCCCUCCUUUAGACUGAAUUUCUUAGGUGCCUCUCCGCGACCUCCGUCUUUCUCUAUCAUCGCGCGUCUCAAGCUGGCUUUUAUACCAGCAGCACACACACCCAGAGCACCGUCUCAUGCGCCUCCACCCUCCGUCGGACACGGUCUCUCUAUGCUAAGCUUUUCCCACCCCGACGAUCACUCCACAGAGUCACACCUCCCCACACUGCCACCCAAGCUCAGCGCCUUCACACCCAAGAAGCCACUUGAACAAAGGCGACGGUCGGUUCUGCCCGUGUCUAUCUGUCGCUCUCAUCCACCUCUCGGGCUGCUGCAUCAACUACCUGUUGGGUUCCAAUUUCUGGGAGAAAGAGUUCUUGCCAAGUGAAGGAUUACGACUUUUGUUGUCUCACCUCUGUUUCGCUUGGAUCCAGUUCUCUUUGAUCGCAAGUUAUCACUACCUGGCACGGGGCUGGGCAACAUGCCAGAAAGCACGGAUUAGGAAGGAGGAAGCCAACAGCAAACGACCGACGGACGGAUUCCUUGGAUCGCUUCCAGGCGGUGACAACGGCCCCUUGACGAUAACUGGUCUAGCAAACCCCGCCGACAGACGGAUAGGCGGAUUGGGAAUUCAUAGGUAGCCAGGCCUGUCAAAGUUGAAGCACACGUUGUGCACUCGCCCACACGGAGAGCGGGAAGGUGGCGACUCAUGGAUUCCAGCGAUGCCUUCUCGCAGCACACCGUCGGCGAUGAGGCGUCGCAGCGCCCGCGCCGCAUGUCGAUGGAGGAGGAUUUGUUCUAUCGGGAUCUCAUGACUUCACGACCGGCGAACCCACCUAGUUAUGAGACGGCCAUGAAGUCCGCCAUGGCCGCGCAAAGGCGCGCACUGGCCGCGGCGCAGCAGGGUUCGAAGCCGGUCGCUCCUCCAGAAGAUGUGCUGCCCAAGUACUCAUGUGAUGUGAUUGCGGAAGGCGUGUUCAUGAGGAAGAUGGAAAUCGAGCAUACGAUCAAACGCGCCGAGGUUCGCAAUUGGCAGAUGGUUUACGUCGAGCUGAGGGGGACUGCACUCAACAUCUACUCGGUUAAGAAGGAACGGACAUGGUUUUCAUCGAGACCGGACGGCCCCGAUAUCUCGCCAGAUAGUCCUCCAUGGGUCAAGAAGGGUUCUUUGGAAAAGAGUUACAGUCUACAGCAUGCGGAUGCCGGAAUUGCCGCAGAUUACAGAAAGCGGCGCUACGUCAUCCGUUUACGAGCAGAGACGGACCAAUUUCUACUAUCAUGUGUAGAGCUCAAGACAUUUGUCAAGUGGCUUGAUUGCAUCUUUGCCGCUAUCAACAUCGCGGCACCUAUCGAUGAGCGAGACUUCCCUCGGGAUCAAAGUAUCCCGCGACUUCAAAGGAUACGAUGGCUUCGGGGGGAAAGGCCGACGCCGGAAGACAACAUCAGCGGCUUUCAAAGGUUGAACGAGAGGAGGCAAAGUACUGCGUCAAGUAGGAGUGGUGAGGAGGAUGAGGAAAACGACACAAAUGGGAUAAACAGUACAGCACGGCCACCAACGAUACACGAAGAAGAGAACGAGCGAGGAAACCAGGGGCAGAACGACUUUGCAGCAUUUGCGCGAGGAGGCAUCGGUCAACAUCCGAUAGUAGGCCGGCUAUCGACAACAUCGUAUCCGAACGAGAAUGUCGACCCAGACACGGGAAAAUGGCGGCCGAGACAAAUAUGGACCGAGACGCACGAUCAUCUUUACGCUAAGCUCUGUUAUUCGGUCUUGCUGUUCAAGAGUCCACGGAAAAGCAACUACAUCAUCUCCAACGGCAAGCGAUGGUACGUGGACUGGGCCACAGGGCGGAUGGUACGCGUGCUACCUCCCGCAUACGGAGAGGUCGACUUAUUCGGCCCAUGGCAGAUCAUUCGGGCGGAAAACAGACUGCUCUGAAAGGUCAUCGAAACGAAAAAUUGGGGGAUGUGGGCCCGGUCACCAUAUCGGGCUUGGUUGUUGUUGUGAUAUUGCCUUACUUUUAUCAUAUACCCAUUUCCUUUGUGAUUUUUCAUUUAUCGUCAUCAUCAUACUUGGGUCAGCGGACUGACUGAGCGGCUGGAGUGGCAUAUACCUGCAUUGAUCUUCAUCGAUCCGUUUGCAUUUACUGGAAGCAUAAGAAAGAGACUGCGAAUUCGGAGCUCGCAAGUUUUCGACCACAUUUUCCUUGCUAUACCAAUACCACAUUUUUGUUUCUUGGAAAGGAAAGGGGGGUUGGCUACUGGAGUUUGGCAUCGUGUUUUGAAGGAUGAUGGGGCUGACGGAUGGCAGCAGCUGUGGGCAAAGGGAUUCGAUGCUUGUCCCUGACAAAAUUGGUCAGUUGAGACCCAGUUGACUUGCCGAAGGGUUGUAAGAACAAGUUGCAUACGUUAUAGUCAGUAUAUAGACCUUGGGCAUGCUUUUAUUACGCACCUAAGUCUUCAUUAUAUCUUCAAACCCAACUUCUAGGUAGCCCCUGGACAGAAAAUUUCUCGAAGACUCUAGCCGAUGUGUUUUGGAAUUAUUUUAGUUCCUAACAUGUUUUGAUAACAGCCUUCAUGAAAUACAGCAAGC